AUGCGUUACUGUGUGUGACGCUUUACUUAAGGAUUUCUCGAUUAUUUAUAUUAGCUAAACUGUUAUUUUUAUCUGCUACAAGAAUAGUGCGCUGAAUUAAGCUCGGUGGAUGACCACAAAUAUGAGAUUUUAGCAAGGCAUUAUUGCUUUGGUCAGCAUAUACUGACACAUUUUCUGGGACAUAUCUUGCAAAUUCAGAAGUUUGACCAAGCUCUAAUAUUCAGGAUGCAAACAAGAGAGUUCUUGGUUUCAGCACCAGGGAAAGUGAUUCUCCACGGUGAGCAUUCUGUCGUGCACGGAAAGGUUGCUUUGGCUGUGAGUUUGAAUUUGCGCACAUACCUGCGGCUGCAGUCCACAACAUCCGGUGAAGUGCGCAUUAACCUCCCCAACAUUGAUACUUUUUUGGCCUGGGAAAUAACAGCACUGCAGCCUCUUCUGGCUGGGUGUAAAGCAGAGCAGGGUGACCUGAAGGAACUUGACGCAGAUCUUUUGAAGAGACUACGUGAAUUCACAGGCAUUUUAGAUGAUUCCACAGACACAAGAAGCAUGGCAGUGUUGGCUUUCCUCUACAUGUACCUGACUGUUUUUGCAGAAGCUCUGGCCAGUAUCACAGUGUCUGUGUGGUCAGAGUUGCCCACAGGAGCUGGUUUAGGCUCCAGUGCCGCCUAUAAUGUUUGUCUGUCUGCCGCUCUGCUGUCUGCCAGAGGCACCAUAUCGUCUCCUCUUACGCCACAGCAGGAGUCAGCCAGAUGGUGUAAAGAUGAGAUGGAGCUGAUUAACAGGUGGGCGUUCAUGGGCGAGAAGAUCAUCCAUGGUAACCCUUCAGGGGUGGAUAAUGCUGUGGGGACAUGGGGUGGCUUUUUAAGAUACCAUGCUGGGAAUAUAACUCCACUAAGCUGGGUCCCCAUUCUGAGGAUCCUUCUCACUAACACCAAAGUACCACGUAGCACCAAAGUGCUUGUUUCUGGAGUGAAGGACAAAAUUAACAAGUUUUCCUCCGUAAUGAAGCCAGUUCUGGAGUCCGUCAGCGCCGUGUCCUGCACCUGUGAACAGACUCUCACAGAGAUGGCCACACACGGACCUUCAGCUGAGCACUACAACAUACUGGAGGAGCUGAUUGAUAUAAACCAGCACCAUCUGAAUGUGAUGGGUGUGGGUCACUCAUCUUUGGACACACUGUGUAGGGUCACUCUGGCCAGGGGGCUGCACAGCAAACUGACGGGGGCAGGAGGAGGAGGCUGUGGAAUCACUCUCCUACGACCAGAGACAGAUGCAUCAGUGAUUCAGAGCACCUUUGAGGAGUUAAAGUCUUGUGGCUUUGACUGCUGGGAGACCAGUAUUGGAGCUCCUGGGGUACAGCAGCACUCAUCUGCUGCGCUCAGUCAGGACAUACUGAAGAUCCUCAACAGCUACUGAGACUCUCCACACAUCAAUGCCACUAGAUGGCAGCAGAAUGUAACACAUAUUUAAUACUGUCAAUUUUAGACAGUGUGUGAAUGCAAAUAAUAGAUAUUUUAAAUACAUAUGAA